GACUUCGAGACACCAAACUCUCCCACGCUUCCACCAAUCAGGCAAGGCGUCUACGUCAUCCCCGGUGGCUUGCCCCUCGGCAGUAGGUCAAGCGCGUCGGCGAUCGUGGACAAGGCAGACAUUUGACAAUCCCACUUGCAAGGUAUCCUGAACCCUUGAUUAACGUUUCUGCCUUCCACAGCCUCGCAAAGAACACCUCGCAAAACCACGGCCACCAGGAACCGUUCACAACAGCUCAAAAAUAGCAGAACCUGCAGCGGCAUGCCCGGCUCGUUCUCGCGGCUAGUGCAUGGGGCGAGGAGACAUCUAGGCGACCCAAGUCCCGAUGAGGCUUACCUUUCUUAUCAUGAUGUGAGGGUAAUGAGAGCAGACAUUGACAGCAUCAAGAAUGACUGGCUCACAGACAAUGCGAUCGCAUUCUGGCAAGAGUACCUCGAACGCGAAGAACUCAAUGCCUUCCCCAAAGCCUCUAUAAUCCUCCUCCGGCCCAGCAUGUCCUUCAUGCUCAUGCAAACCGCCGACCCUCUCUCCCUCAAAGAAGUUCUACCCAACUUCAGCACAACAACACACGUCUUCCUUCCCAUAAAUGACGCCACCGAUGUGACUCAGGCCGAAGGCGGAUCACACUGGUCUCUACUCCUCGUCUCCAUCAUCGACGGUGUCUCCUUUCACUACGACUCCAUGAGCGAUAGCAACGACCGGGAAGCGCGGAGCACGACGAUGAAACUAGAACAACUACUUGGGAAGAGACUGAGGUUCAUACCCAUGCAUGAUUCCCCACAACAGGAGAAUGGGAGUGAUUGCGGCGUGUUUGUGUGUGUGCUGAUGAGGCAUUUGCUGCUCAAGAGGCUGCUAAGGGCAGACGCGAGUAAGAAGAUUAGCAUGAGCAUGAAGGAUUCGCAUAUCAAUGCAAAGGAUGGACGGAAAACGAUGCUCAAGGUUAUAGAGGAACGGAAGAAGGAGGGUAUACGAAGACGAUCACGUAGUCAUUCGCCAUUUCGGCCAAACUCCGCACAGUCAAGAAGCCCACCACGCAUUGGCGAUGAGCAAGAGCAAGAAAGUGGAAAAGUAUAGUGACGGAGCCUUGACCAUGGCGAUAUGCGAUUUAGUCUCACGCCUCCUGAUAUUUCCAACGGCCUAAACUCAGGCCUUGCACUUAUUGCUGCCCUGCCCCUGUUCUGUAUUCUCCAAGCUUCGGUCUAGAGAUGUUCACGUCGAAUAUUGUCGAAAACUUUAGCAUAUAAUUACCAGCAGGAGCAGUGACGUGUCAGUCCUGUAUUCGGGAAGGACGGCCAUGUUCACAAGUGAACGAUGAACACGGGUUAUUAGAUGGAUAAUGAGUUAUGCACUUCAUGUCGAUAUGAAUUUUGCCCUGAACGAAUUGAGGCAUUAGCACGGAGUACCAGGACGGUAAUCAACUAUAUCAAUAGAAUGCGAGUA